AUGUUAGUCGUGUAUUUGCUCGUCUUUGUUCUAUCUAAAUGUAUCGUUUCUGAACAUGACAAAAUUAAUAUGCAAAAAGAUUUUGUGAAUAUAGAAACAAUGUUUAAUGACGUAUUGACCGACGCUAAUAAGGACAACGAUGUUGUGAAUUGCACUGGAUUUGUUUUAAGUAAUUAUUUCAAUGAUAAAAAGACUAUUACAUUGAUAUCAAUGGAUUUUGACGGGGGAAUACCGAAAUUGAUCAAUUCGUUUGGUAAAUUCAAUUUUAUUAAUAGAAACGUAACCAAAAAGACAAUCUUGCUAAACGAUAUGUAUCUGAUAACAGUCAGAACCGAAAAGGUAUUCGUUGAACAAUUCGAAAACCUAACUAAAGACGCAACGUGGAAUCCAAAAUUAAAAUUUUUAAUUGUAUUCAAAGAAUUAAAACAAGAAAACGUUAAAGAUGUUUUCGAUAUCCUACUAAAACAUCACGUUUUGAAUGUAGUAAUCGCGAACGGAACUAACGACCCAAAUAUUUUGUCGUACAAUCCUUACGAAAAUUACGCUUGCGGGAAGUACUAUACCGGUAUCAUUAAUUACGGAAAAUGUAUAAACACAUCCACUGAACUGUAUCCGAAUAAACUGGUCACAGGUUUGAGAGAUUGUAUAUUCAAUGUGUCUUUACCUCACUGGCCUCCUUAUACUGUGGAUCCGGGGAAGAUAUCAAAACCAUCAAUACCAAUUGGAAUCGAACAAUACACUAUUAAUGUGUUAGCAGAAAUCGAGAAGUUCAAAGUUAAUUACCAGUAUAACUAUGAUGCGGAUGUAUUUUCAACUGUUGACGAGGACAUGAAAGCCACAGGCCCUAUGGAUAUGCUGCAGAGAAACUUAACGGAUUUGAUGAUAGGCGGUAUGCUUCUCGUUCCGCUCCGAGCCGCUGCGUUCUCUUACAUCUACACACAUGUAGAUUAUAUAGACGAGAUCAGUGUCGUCAUCCAAAAAGCGUCAUUGAAGCCCGUUUGGUCUUUCUACUACCGCGAAUUCGACUUCAGGGUCUGGGCAUUAUUGAUCGUAGUCUUCAUACUGUUCACUGUGAUUGUAGCAUAUUUACUGCGGGAGCAAGACAAAACGUACAUUCUGUUGAAGUUGUUGGAUUACUUCUUCCUCCACGGCUACAAGCUACGUUUCAGAUUGAGUGUUAGAUGCAUCUUCAUAUUCUGGAUAUGGUUCACGUAUUUGGUGAAUAGUUUUUAUCAAACGAGCAUGAUGAGUUUCACGACGAAACCUAGUCUGGAAACGCAGAUCGCCGACAUGGAGACGCUGGUGGAGCGAGGAAUCGAGCCGUGCAUAAGCCGUGCCAUCAUCAACUUUUUACCAGAAAACGAAAUUAAAUACAAUGAGAAAAUACAAAGCUGCAAAACUAUUUUGGGAAGCAUAAUGACAGUAAGCAAAUCCAAAUAUCUAUACACUAUCGUCAUGAAUACAAUUUAUAUGUAUAAUAAAAAUAAAUUCGUUGAUGAAUUCGGCGAUCCUAACGUUUAUAGCUUCAGCAAGCCAGUAGCGAAGGUUAUCUACGGUAUAUUUACGUACAAAGGAUUUCCCUUGCACUAUAGAUUCCAUCGGCUAGCUCUCCGCAUCAGGGAAGCGGGACUGAUCUGGUAUCACCGAGACUAUCAGAACUACAUCAACGGCCUGGUACAUCGCCACCGUCAAAAGUAUUUCGUUUCGCGUUUUGCGAUUCCGUGGUAUGUCUUUACAAUUGGAACUUUCCUAGCUUUGGUCGCUUUUGUGUUUGAACUUAAUGAAAAGAGUAGAGAAAUAAAUUGA